AUUACUGCAAAAUAAACAUCAAGAUUAUACAGUUGUUGUCCUAUUGGACAGAUUGAAGAUGAAUUUAAUGGUGUUAUAACUUGUGUUCUCUAAUGAAUAGACAUAUCUACUAUAGUUGGUUCAUAACCAUUGUUCUUUUUUUUGGGUUUUUUGUGUAUAAGUAAAAGAAAAAAAGGAAGAAAGAUGAUAAGGUAUAUAUACCACUCCUUUUUUCUUCUCCUUCUGUUUCAUUUUCCAUGCCUUAUCCCUCCAACAACAAUGGCGAUUUCCAUCUCUUCGGACUUCUCAUUAGCUUCCAUGAGCAAAAGCCACAAAAAACUCAUCUUUAAUCCUUCAAAAAUGUCACCAAUUCUUCUCUAUGUAUCUCCUCUCUCUUCACCUUCUUCAAGAAUCUUGAUCCCCAAAUCCUCCAGCAGCAGUUAUCAACCACCCAUAUUAGAUGAGUCUAAUCUUCAAGAUUCUUCUGUCCCCGAGUCGGAGGAUCUUAACGACUUGAUCUGUAAUCUCUUCAAGGAUCCUAAAACCGAAGAAAUGGGGUUUGAGUGUUACCAGAAAGCUAAGAGAAGGCCAGAUUUUUUACCCCGUAGAUCAACUCUGCAUCAUCUCAUCAGGUACUCCACGCGAUUGAAGAAUUGGAAUUCGGUUUGGUCAAUUUCUGAAGAUUUUAGAAAAUUUAAGGUCUACCCAGAUGCUUCAUCUUGUUGUAGAUUAAUCAGUAACUGCAUUAGAGCUAGAAGAUUUAAACUUGCUAAUAAUUUGCUUCAUAUUUUGAAAUUUGAGAAAGAAGUUGCUGUUUUCACCUUUAAUGCUGCCAUGAGAACCUACAACAAGCUUCAUAUGUACAGUAGCGCAAUUAACGUGUUUGAAAUUAUGAAAUCUUCGGGUAUCGAAUUAGAUGCAGAAUGUUAUGGCCAUGCCAUGGAAGCCUAUCUUAAAAUGGGUAAGAAUCAGAGCGUUGUUUCGUUGUUUAAAGAAUUCGAAUCCAGUGGGAUUGAAUGGACAUCGUUUUGCACUCAAAUGUAUCGGAUUUUAUGUGAAUCUUUGGGGAAAUCUGGAAGACCCGUCGAAGCUCUGUAUUUCUUCAGGGAAAUGAUGAAAAAAGGGUACCAGGAGGACCCGUCUUUUUACUCCUCAUUGAUCUCUUCGUUUGUAAGCGUUCGAGACGUAAAAUCAGCACAAGAGCUUCUCGUAGAAGCCGAGGGCAAAAAGAUGUUGCGGGACCCUUCAGUGUUUUUAAAGCUCGUGUUGAUGUACAUCGAACUCGGUUCGAUCGAAAAGACUCUCGACGUUGUUUCUUCUAUGAAGCGAAUGAACAUUAGAGUUUCCGAUUGCAUCUUUUGUGCUAUUGUGAACGGGUUCUCGAAGAAAAAAGGGCCGAGUGCUGCAGCCAAAGUGUAUGAAGAUUUAGUAUCUGAGGGUUGCGUACCAGGGCAAGUGACAUACGCUUCGGUCCUAAACGUGUAUUGUCGAAAUGGUCUCUACGAAAAAGCCGAAAACGUGUUUCAGGAAAUGAACGAUAACGGAUUCGACCGAUGUGUGGUGGCGUACGCUAGCAUGAUCGCAAUGUACGGCAAAACAAACCGGAUUCGAGACGCGACGAGGCUCGUUGCCAAGAUGAAAGAAAAAGGAAUCGAGCCGAACGUGUGGAUCUACAAUUCCCUACUCGAUAUGCACGGGAAAGUCCUGAAUUUACGGCAAGUCGAGAAGAUAUGGAAAGAGAUGAAACGAAGGAAAGUUAUGGCGGAUAAAGUGAGUUACACGAGCGUUAUCGGCGCGUAUAGCAAAGCGAGAGAGUUUGAAACGUGCAUACAGUAUUAUCACGAGUACAGACUCAACGGUGGUGGCAUCGAUAGGGCUAUGGCUGGGAUCAUGGUGGGCGUGUACUCGAAAAUGAGUAGAGUUGACGAGUUGGUGAAGCUUUUGCAGGAUAUGAAAGCGGAAGGUACCCGUUUAGAUUCGAGGCUCUAUCGAUCGUCGUUGAAUGCUUUACGGGAUGCUGGUGUGCAAAUUCAGCCUAAAUGGUUGGAAGAAAGUUUCGAUUUAAGAGCAUCUCCGAUCGAUUCUCUAUAAUUUCUUGUAUUGAAAAAAAGUUUUUUAUUAAAAACUAAAUUAUUAUGUACCAAACAUUUACCGACAAAAAAAAUCACUCUCGCUUACUUUGUUGUGUAACAUUCUUGAUCAUCAAAAUGAAUUGUUGGUAAGCGUCUUCAACUCGAUAAACGCUUAUUGGAGUCCCUCAA